CUGGGGUCCCGCAUCGAUCAAGGAUCACUAGAAAUCCCUAGGGCAGGCGAGAUUUGACACAGUGGACGCCAUCCUCCCUGUCCAAGGCGUCGCGGACGAGUUGUACUUCUUCCAAGACCUAGAGGUUGUCCGCAUCAAGUUAACAGCCAAGUCCGGAGGUGAUACGAUCAUCGAGGGCCCCAUCAAGACUCUAGACAAGUGGAAGUCCCUGGCCGGGACGACGGUGCCUGGCGUUCCCAACGAGGCUUAUCUGUUCAGCGGGCCCAACUACGUCAAGAUCGACGUGUGAAGGACAAGAUCAUCUAUGGGCCCCCGGGAGAUUGUUAAAGAAUGGCCCGGUCUGGCCAAGACGGGCUUCGACUCAGUAGAUACCGCGUUGCAGGUCCCUGAAGAUAAAGCCAAGAAGCCAGGAGAGACCUACUUUCUUCCGAGCAGGCCAAUAUGCGUGUGUGCAGGUCAUUCCGUCCAAACCGGAUGUCUUGCACCUCCAACGCAGACUCAAUCUCCUUCGCCGGAGCAGCCUGCUUCUCAACCUCAACCUCCGGCCCAGAAUCAGCCUCCCACGGAAGCCCAACCUCCUAAACCUCCGAUAGCCGGUCAACACAUGCAGAGGCCCAUGGACCGCGUGGGGAAGGGCUGGUUUCAUGAGGUCCAAAACGUGCCAGUUACAGGCAUCGAGAUUUGGGAGGGCUUUUGGUACGCGAUCGAAUACUGGGAAAUUCGCAAAGUGCAGAUUACGUGGGAAGAUGGCCAUCGGAGGGUGUUUGGCACCGAUCUACGUGCCCAGCGGUAUAAUUCUUUCAAGCUCAAUCCUCGAGGCAGGGAGCGCAUCACAAACUUCACCACGAGAAUUGGGGAGACGGAACCAUGUAAGCAUCUAAACCAACCGGAGCCACCCCUGUGCGGUUGGUUCGGCUGGUGGCAUCUCCUACUCCUGGGAGCUGGGGAAUGGGAUCCUCCUGGGAUUGCUCCGAGGAUAUUGCUGGCCGCUGUAGAUUGUGCAGAUGGGACCUAUUUGGGCUCGGUGAUCUUGGGAAAGGAGAGUCCAGAGUACACAGCAGUAGAUCCAGGGCUUGUCGUAAUAGCUGUUCGCCUAAUCAUUCACUAA